GGCACACGUGCGGAGGCCGAGAUGAAGUUCGCGUACCGGUUUUCAAAUUUGCUGGGGACAGUCUAUCGGCGUGGAAACUUAAAUUUUACAUGUGAUGGAAAUUCAGUCAUCAGUCCUGUGGGAAAUAGAGUCACUGUAUUUGACCUUAAAAACAACAAGUCCAACACUCUGCCCCUGAGCACUCGGUACAAUGUCAAGUGUGUGGGGCUGUCCCCAGAUGGCCGACUCGCCAUCAUCGUUGAUGAAGGGGGCAACGCGCUGCUGGUCAGCCUGGUGUGCAGGUCCGUGCUCCACCGCUUCCACUUCCAGGGCUCCGUGCACAGCGUCUCCUUCUCCCCUGACGGCAGGAAGUUCGUCAUCACGAAAGGCAACAUUGCUCAGAUGUACCACGCCCCUGGCAGGAAGAGAGAGUUCAACGCCUUUGUCCUGGACAAAACCUACUUUGGGCCAUACGAUGAGACCACACACAUUGACUGGACAGAUGAUUCCCGGUGCUUUGCGGUCGGGAGCAAAGACAUGUCCACGUGGGUGUUUGGGGCCGAGCGCUGGGACAACCUCAUCUACUACGCAUUGGGCGGACACAAGGACGCCAUCGUGGCCUGCUUCUUUGAGUCCAACAGCCUAGACCUCUACACGCUCAGCCAGGAUGGCGCCCUGUGUGUGUGGCAGUGUGACACCCCCCCUGAGGGCCUGAGGCUCAAAGCCCCCACAGGCUGGAAGGCAGACCUGCUGCAGAGGAAAGAGCAGGAGGAGGAGGAGGAAGAGGAGGAGGCGGAGCAGGAGACCACCAUCCGAGGGAAAGCCACGCCGGCCUCGGAGGAGCAGCAGGGCAAAGUGAAGUACUUGCGGCUGGCCAAGUACUUUUUCAACAAAGAAGGAGAUUUUAACAAUCUGACAGCUGCAGCGUAUCACAAGAAGAUCCACCUCUUGGUCACUGGUUUUGCUUCUGGAAUCUUCCACCUUCACGAGCUCCCGGAGUUCAACCUCAUCCACUCCCUGAGCAUCUCAGAUCAGAGGAUCGAGUCUGUCGCCAUCAAUAGCUCCGGGGACUGGAUCGCCUUGGGCUGCUCAGGCCUGGGCCAGUUGCUGGUGUGGGAGUGGCAGAGUGAGUCCUACGUGCUCAAGCAGCAGGGCCACUUCAACAGCAUGGUGUCCCUGGCUUACUCCCCUGACGGGCAGUACAUCGUGACCGGCGGGGAUGAUGGCAAGGUCAAGGUGUGGAACACCCUCAGUGGCUUCUGCUUCGUCACUUUUACGGAGCACUCGAGCGGCGUCACCGGCGUGACCUUCACCGCCACUGGCUACGUCAUCGUGACCUCUUCCAUGGACGGGACUGUGCGGGCCUUUGACCUUCACAGGUACCGGAACUUCCGCACCUUCACGUCCCCGAGGCCCACCCAGUUCUCCUGUGUGGCGGUGGACUCAAGCGGGGAGAUCGUUUGUGCCGGGGCCCAGGACUCCUUCGAGAUCUUUAUCUGGUCCAUGCAGACGGGCAGGCUGCUGGAGGUCCUGUCCGGCCACGAGGGGCCCAUCAGCGGUCUGUGUUUUAACCCGAUGAAGUCGAUCCUGGCCAGCGCCUCCUGGGAUAAGACAGUGCGUCUGUGGGACAUGGUGGACAGCUGGAGGACCACAGAGACGCUGGCUCUGACCUCCGAUGCUCUGGCUGUGACCUACCGACCCGAUGGUGCCGAGCUGGCUGUGGCCACGCUGAACUCACAGAUCACCUUCUGGGACCCGGAGAACGCCGUGCAGACGGGCUCCAUCGAGGGCAGGCACGACCUCAAGACGGGCAGGAAGGAGCUGGACAAGAUCACCGCCAAGCACUCUGCCAAGGGGAAGGCCUUCACCACUCUGUGCUACUCUGCGGACGGCCAGAGUGUCCUGGCAGGAGGGAUGUCCAAGUUCGUGUGCAUCUACCACGUCAAGGAGCAGAUUCUCAGGAAGAAGUUUGAGAUCUCUUGCAACCUGUCGCUGGACGCCAUGGAGGAAUUUUUGAACAGAAGGAAAAUGACAGAGUUUGGCAACCUGGCGCUAAUUGAUCAAGAUGCCGGGGAGGAGAACGGAGUCGCGAUUCCGUUGCCAGGCGUAAGGAAAGGUGACAUGAGCUCGCGUCACUUCAAACCCGAAAUCAGGGUGACUUCACUCCGCUUCUCUCCCACAGGGCGCUGUUGGGCAGCCACCACCACUGAGGGGCUCCUCAUCUACUCCCUGGACACCCAGAUGCUCUUUGACCCCUUUGAGCUGGACACCAGCGUCACCCCUGGGCGGAUCCGGGCGGCACUGCGCCAGAAGGACUUCACCAGGGCCAUCCUGAUGGCCGUCCGGCUCAAUGAGAAGCUGCUGCUGCAGGAGACCCUGGAGGCAGUGCCCUGGGAUGAGAUUGACGUUAUCAGCUCCUCCCUCCCCGAGUUGUACGUGGAGAAAGUGCUUGAGUUUUUGGCUUCAUCCUUUGAAGUGUCUCGCCAUCUGGAAUUCUACCUCAUUUGGACUCAGAAAUUGCUCAUGGCGCAUGGACAGAAGCUGAAGUCCAGAGCAGGGAAGCUGCUGCCGGCAGUUCAGUUCCUUCAGAAGAGCAUCCAGCGGCACUUGGACGAUGUUUCCAAACUCUGCGACUGGAACCGCUAUAACAUUCAGUACGCUCUGGCAGUUUCCAAGCAGCGGGGCAUGAAACGCCCCUCGGAGCCGCUGGGAAGUGAGGAGGAAGCCGAUGCGUCUGAUGAGGACAGUCUGCACCUGCUCAGUGGAGGACAUGGGGACGGGGACAGCGGGGAUAGACUGUUGGUGUAAAGCUGGCCGCGUUGCAACCCCGUUCAUUUCGGUUAAGACCGUGGAAGAAAGAGAACCACGGCUGUCUGGUCCCAGGCAGUGAGUGGAGGGCAGUCCGCGGAGCUGUGGAACCAUCACUGAGGACUCGCUCUUUGUGCAAGAACCCAGCAUCAGAGCGAGCUGACCGGUCCCUGGUCAGCACGGGCUUGGCACGCAGGGCCCAGGACCUGAUGGUAUGAAUAAAAAAGUGCUGAGCGUCUGCUACUGAAAAUGCCUUUUCGAGAGGCAAAUAGGUUCAUAUUUAUAGACUCGUGAACUUUGUAUGAAAGUUAUUUAUAUUUUUAAUAUGAAGUUUUAAUGGUAUAUUUAGGGAUGAAAAAGAUGGGAUUUUCUAAAAUGUAAAUAUGGGUUAAGUCUAAACUCUGAAUUAAAACG